AUGGUGACUGUUGCUGAUCCAGUAAUGUAUGAAUCAUACUGGCAAAAGAUGGGCAACAUGUGUGAUAUUACAUUCAGUGGUUAUCAAUCAUUGAGUUAUUUUGCUAAUGCCAAGUACUUGUGCUGGUUCUUGGAGCCAAAACGAGAAGAAGAGAUCAAGAAGCUGCACAAUGUGUUUGGAAAUGCAGUUGUGGAUGAUCAUUACGUCGUCGUUGGGACAGGAUCAAGCCAGCUUAUUCAGGCUGCACUCUAUGCUCUUUCUCCUACAGAUGAACCUGAACCAAUCAGUGUAGUUUCAGCUGCACCUUUCUAUCCAGAAGUGACUGAUUUUGUGCGUUCAGGGCUGUACAAAUGGGCAGGAGUUGCAAGAAAUUUUGAGAAAGAUGGACCAUAUAUUAAGUUCAUUACAUCUCUAAAUAACCCAUAUGGGUUUACUCGAGAGAUUGUAGUUAAUGGAGUUCAAGGGACAUUAAUUCAUGAUUUUGCUUAUUAUUGGCCACAGUACACUGCUAUUACCUCUCCUGCUACAAACAUGUAUUAA